AUGGUUCAAGCUCGCCUUUUGUUUGCUAUUGCCAUACACGCACGUGGUGAGCCAAGCGAAGGACAGGAGAUGCUUGACAACGCUAUAGACAUGGCGAUCAGUCUUGGUAUGAACACCAAAGAUUACGCCACUCUGAAUGGCAAUUCAUCACCUUGUCUUGAGGAGAGCUUCCGUCGGACGUGGUAUGAGUUGUUUGUGGUCGAAGGCAUCAUGUCCGCCAUCCAUCGCAAACCGACCAUGAAGACUAGGUCCGUCGUUCAUGAAGUCUUACUACCAUGCGAAGAGUCAACAUACACAGAUGGAGUCUGUUACUCUGCGAGAUCUACACUGGCUCAAUUCACUGACCGUCAUUUCGCUGAAGAGGAAGUCAGUUUUCCCUCGUUUUGCUACCGCAUCGAAGCUGUUCAGAUUCUCUCUCGGGUUCUGUCGAUAGCAAAUACUGAGGCUCAUCCGGACGAAGUGCAAGCCAUCGAUAAUUCGCUUGCAGCCUGGUCGCACUACGUACCGCCGGAAAAACGUGAUAUCAUCUCAAACUCCGGAGAAAUCGACGAGCUGCUAUUUCAAGCGCACAUGCUGAUACACUGGGCUACCAUCCUUCUUCAUAUGCCAAGAAGCGAGCUUCUAUCGAUUCAUCCAGCCACCGCAGAUAUAUUUUGCGCAAAAGGCGACAAGCAGAUGCCAUCUACAGACACUAAGCAUGCCCAUGCGAGCAAAGCCACUGACGCGUCCAAAGAGCUGUCCAAUCUAGCUGCUCUCCGCUGCCCUGUACAAAAGCACACCCCGUUUUUCAUAUGUACUCUUGUUAUUGCCUCGGUCGUACAGCUGGCUGCCUGCACCCUUCACAACUGCCGCUGCAUGUACCAACAUCGCGACCGCAUCACGUUGGUAGUCGGUCUGCUCAAAUCACUUGGUUCGAACUGGGCCUGCGCAGGAUCGGUCCUUGUUAAGAUCAAGAGAAUUGCAGCGAAAGUACUAAGGUCGGAGCAUUGUACAAUGACGGUAGCCUCUACGCAGUGCGAUAGCUGUACAGACAGUGGUAUUGGUACAAGUAUUGGUACCGAGGAUGUGCCUUGGAUGGAAUUCUUUGACGACCCAACAAUCAUGUCAUUUGAGCAAUUUGCAUCUGGGACGCUCCUUUUCGGGGAAGGUACCUGA